AUGGCAAAUAUCUCCGCUUCUGGUGGCAUCCUCAGCUUCACACCUAAAAGCGGAGCCUACUACUAUGAGACCUUCCCUUGCCAGUCGCUGCAGAGCGACUCGUACACGCACGUACAACUUGAUAUCAAGGCACCAGUAUCGGGCGCGGCCUUUGCAGCUCAACUUAAUUGGGCCUCGACCUGUUCGGCAACAGCCAACACGAAAACAUCUUUCCAGGUCACCGGCCUUACCGGCGGCUGGCAGACACUCCGCAUCCCUCUGAGUAGCUUUGCCGGGGCGAAUCUCGACGCGGCCCUCUCUCUUGUCAUCGGAUCCUUUUCGUCUACCCAGCAAUGGCAAUUGGACAAGGUUCUGUUUGUCUGUGCCCAGAAGCCAACAACCUUUGCCAGUGAGUGCGAGUCGGCUGUCGCUUUCUCGGUCCUGACAUGCCUGAUACUGACCAUGUUCCCUAGCCACAACGCCUACCCAGGCCACUUCUACCCCGGCGCCAUCAACGACCCUGUCCACAUCCCCGUCAUGCUCGCCGCUCCUGGUGGAUGA